UGCGGAGCCGCCGGAGCUGCCGCCGCUUUGUGUCGCAGGGACGGGGCCGUGGCCGAUUACCGGGACGCUCCGCGGGACAGCGGGAACCGCGCGGGAGACGCUGCCUGUGACAGGAAGGGGGGUCCCGGCGCUGCGGUGCCAGGAGCAGCUCCCACAGGGCCCCAGGACCCCCCCUCGGUGAGGCUCUGGUCCGAUUACCUGAACGUGCCCCUGCACCCCCGGAGCGUCCACGUGAUCCGGCAGUACCUGCACGAUGGGGACUGUGGUUGCCUGGAAGCCUUUGCACAAGGGGAAAGUCUCCUGCAGGACCCCGCCUGCGUGGAGGAGCUGGAGGAUCGGCUGCACUUCUUUGUUGAGGAGUGUGAUUACCUGCAGGGGUUCCAGGUCCUCUGUGACCUCCACAACGGGUUCUCGGGGGUUGGUGCCAAGGUGACAGAGCUGCUCCACGACGAGUACUCGGGGAAGGGAAUCCUCUCCUGGGGCCUCACUCCGGCCACGAGUGACGUGGGGGAUCCCCAGAGCAGUUUUUACAGGCUGCUGAACACGGCCCUUGGCAUCGUCCACCUCUCCCAGCACAGCUCCCUCUUCUGCCCUCUGUCCCUCAGCGGGAGUUUGGGAAUCAGGCCACGGCCUCCUGUGACAUUUCCAUACAUAAAGUACGAUGCAUCCCUGAACUACCACAGCAGUGCAAUUCUGGCAGCAGCACUCGACACCCUCACGGUUCCCUACCGGCUCUGGUCGUCCCAGGGCUCCAUGGUGCACUUUGCUGACUCCCUCACCUUCUCUGGGAGGAAGGUUGUGGCUGCGUGGGCGUCUCUCCCCUUCCCUGCCUUUCCCGGCUCCUCGCUCCCAGAGAUUUUAAGUGCCCACCAGCAGGACAUGCCCUGGAAGCUCCUCCUGUCCUCCUGGAGGGAGCAAAAGGUCAGCUGCUGUUUUGCUCAGUCUGUUGUGCUCCGAGGAGUUUGCAAAGAAAGGCCCAGCAGCAGCUCCCUGGGACAGCAGCCCCGGACGCCCCUGCAGGGCUGUGAGAGCCCUGAGGAGAUGCUCCAGCACUACCUCCACAGCCACUUCCCAGGCUCCUUCAGCACAGCCCACGUGCUCCAGCAGCCCUGCGACACCCGACCUCCCUUCCCCCAGUUCUUCUCCCCUCUCCUGACCAGACAAGGCUUCCUCCAGGACAAAUGGCGGGACCUGCGGGCGCGGAACGUGCGGCGCUGGAGCAGCUUCUUCACGGCCGGGCUGGAACAGGACGACUUCCAGCAGGCCCUGGAGGAGCUGAGGACUCUGUCCCAGUGCUAUGAAACGGGCUUUGGGGGGGAUGGCUCCGAGGAGGAGGGGGAUUCAGACUAACCCACCUCUAUUCCCGGGGACAGAGGGAGUGGGAGCCUCUUUAAGGUCACUUUGGGAAUCAAGGGAACGGCUUUGGGGACGCUCCAGCUGCUGCUUCCUUCUCAUUUCACCAAAGUCCCCUUACAAAGGCUGGCUUAAAUUCUCCAGCUACUCACAGCUGUGUUGUAGAGGAGGAAAGCUGCUUUUGGGGGGGCUGUUUUUGUAUGUUUGGGGUUGUUUGUUUGUUUUUUUAUAACUGUGCAAAGUGGAUUUGCUCUGCCCCACUCAAAUAAACCCACACAAUAAAUAAGAGAGCUCAGACUGUAA